AUGAAGAUCGCCGUCGCUCUCAAUCUCGUCUCCCUAGCCGUCGCAGUGCCUCCCCAGCGGCCUCCAAGCCCUGCCCUCAGUGAAACGGGCUUCAACAACGUUAACACCCCUAACAACUUCAACAAUGUCAACAGUGUCAACAGUGUCAACAGUGUCAACAGUGUCAACAGUGUCAACAACCUGAAUGCUGCUAACAAGAUUAACAAUGUUGCGCCUCCUGCCCAGCGUCCUCCAAGUCCUGCGCUGAGUGACGCUGGCACGCAACCUGCUCCCCCGGGACAGGCUACCCCUAUCCCCGCCAACAUCAAAGGUCUCGAUGCCUCAUUCAGCGUCAUAUGCGGACAGGCCACAAUCACGGGAGACGACAUCCACAAAGCCAUUUCCCUCGGAGUCAGCCUAGACCGCCAGGGUACACAACUAGCUAAUUUCCCCCAUGAUUAUUCCAAUUACGAGAACUUCAAAUUCCAACACAAAAAGUGCAAUAGGAACAAGGGGCUCCACCGCAGAGAGAUGACGAUCGUCAAGGGGGAAUAUUUCAAUGGGAGAUGGGAAUAUGUGAAACGGUUCCGGGCCAUUUUUAUACAUGAUCCCAGCUCGCCGGUGGAUCAGAACGGCAGACCGAGUGCGAUAUACUGUGGGACGAUCUAUCAUCCGCGGGGAGCGAAUGCGUUUAAUGGGUGUGAUGUUAGGAAAGUUGAGUCAAAUGUAGCUGUUUGA